UAUUUUUAUGAAGACAAUCAACUUUCUGUCAUCAAAGAAACAACAAGACUACGAUGAUUGUCAAUUUGUCGUGAUUGAUUCAGUUGUGGAUCAUUUUGAGUUCUAAGUUACAAUUUUCUCGUCAUAUGGGAACGUGAAUUUAAUUCCAAUGGAAUUGAUUCCUGUGACUCAAGCGAAUGUUAAAUCUCUUCGAAGAAUAAACCAAGUUGUUUUUCCAGUGAUUUACAACGAUAAAUUUUACAAAGAUGUUUUGUUAGCUGGUGAAUUGGCUAAAAUCGCUUUUUACAAUGACAUUGUUGUUGGUGGUGUUUGUUGUCGGAUCGACACAACAAACGACCAAAAGAGAGUUUACAUUAUGACCCUUGGGUGUUUAGCUUCGUAUCGAGGACAAGGAAUCGGAACUAUGAUGUUACAACACGUGCUGAGUUACGCUGAAAAGAAUGAUCUUGAUGGGCUUUUCCUUCAUGUCCAGAUAAACAACGAAGGAGCCAUAAAUUUCUAUAAAAAGUUUGGAUUCGAAAUAAUCGAUGUAAAGGAGAACUAUUAUAAAAGGAUCGAACCUGCUGCAGCUUAUGUACUUCAAAAGGAUCUUAAAAUAAGCACCGAGAGAAGCGGCAGUAGUGGUGCAAGUGGGAAUGGAAAUGGAAAUGGCAACGGAAUCAGCAGUGGGGCAGGUUCGGUGGACGAAAGGAAACUAUGAGCUGCCAGUCGACUAGAACCAAAGACGAAGAUGUAAAUUAACCUUUUCUUUUAUAAACUUGUCCUUAACAAAGUUAAUAAACAAGGAAAUGAUGCCCUCAGAUUUAACCUUUAUCACUUUACAAACACCUUCAGCUUUACAAUAAUUUGUAUUAAAAUCAAUUCAAUUGUA